AUGGGGACUCGUCUGGAAGAAGCUGUCAGAGAAGGAAUUAUUGUAUUCGAGAAAGUUGAAUCUUCCGUGAAUGCAUCAAAGAGGUAUGGGUCUGCAGAAGGAACCGCUUUUCAGAGUUUAAUUGUCGAAGGUACGGAGCCCAAAAGGGAUGGAGCUGCUAUGGCUUCUUUGAAGGAUGCACAGAGGGCCGUCCAAGAAGGUCAGGGAGACCACGUGUUUUUGAGAGUCACUCCUAUGACUGGUGUAGGACGUGCAUUGAAGUCAAAGAAGUUUACCCCGAAGUUUAUUGGUCCGUAUCAAAUAUCAGAAAGAGUUGGAACGGUGGCUUAUCGAGUGGGUUUACCACCGCAUCUUUCGAAUUUGCACGACGUUUUCCAUGUGUCGCAACUUCGGAAGUAUGUUCCGGAUCCAUCUCAUGUGAUCCAGAGUGACGAUGUGCAAGUUAGAGACAACCUUACGGUAGAAACUUUACCGGUGAGGAUUGAUGAUCGUAAAGUGAAGACGUUGAGAGGCAAAGAGAUACCUCUCGUGAGAGUCGUUUGGUCGGGAGCGACUGGUGAAAGCUUGACGUGGGAGCUUGAGAGUAAGAUGCUGGAGUCUUAUCCAGAA